GAGCUGUGUGGUGUCUCCAGUCCACAGCCUCCAGUCAAGGAGAAUAAAGUCAACUUGGGAUACCACAGCCAGUGUGAAGUUUUAGAAUCUUCCUUUAGUUGACCAUAAGGAGAAUUUUGAGUGCUUGGUCCUCAGAAGCAAGAAGGGCAGCCACUCACAGCACCUGGAGCUGAAAUAAGCAAAAUGGAAGAAAUGGACCUGGAUCUGACUCCAUCCAUAGUGCCGGAGGGCUCUCCUCAAGCCGGUCCAAGUGCCCCGCAGAUGGACAUCGAUGCAAAUAUCUCGUCUCUGGGGUCACUCGACGACUCCGAGUUGAGGGAGCUUGUUGAAGAGAAGGCUUUCCAGACACUGGCUGAAGAACCCUUGGUAAAAAGACACGAUUAUAGUUUGUGUGAUGCUGGAUCAGUAAAUGACAAUCAAUUACACUUCCUCACCUUUUCAAAAAAGCUUUGGAAAUUAGUUGAAAGUGAUGAAUUUAAAUCAAUUUCAUGGGAUGAUGAUGGAAAUUUUGUAGUGAUUAAUGAGGAAUUAUUUAAAACGGAGAUACUGGGAAGGAAAGGCCAUCUCAAAAUCUUUGAAACGGAAUGUAUGAAAAGUUUCAUCCAACAACUUAAUUUUUGCGGCUUUACUAGAAUGCAACUGGAUUUUCAGAGAUCUGCUUCCCUUGCUGAAUUUUUAGCAGAAGAAAAUGAAGUCUCUGCAUUAAGCAAGUUGCAGUUCUACUACAGCCCUAAUUUUCAAAGGCAGUUUCCUGAGCUGAUGAAGAAGAUAACGAGCUUAGGAGUUAACAAUGUAUAUUCUCCGACCAUCAAUCAAAUGAUCAGAAAUGCCACUGAAAAACCACAGGAUCAGGUAGAAGCUUCUCAGCCCACCGGAAAAAAAAGUUCUUCUAAACCACCAAAUGAGGACCAGCAAAAAUUGAACAACAAAAAUCCUGUCAAACCUAAUCCAACCAGGCCCCAACCUGAAAGCCAUCCCUCAGUUGCACAGGUGAUUUCAGUGGAAAAAGCAGAGUGUGUUGCUGCAGGUGAAAAUGGAAGAUUAAACCAGCCAGAGCCAGCCCCUCUCCCUGUACCACAAAGUAGCCCUAUUCUGGUUAAUGCUCAAAAUGUAGUCUUGCCUGUAGCAUCUUCCCCAGUUUACCAUAUCAUUCCUGUUUCACAGGAUAGUUCUUUUACAUCUUUAAUAGGAAUUCCUGUGUUCCAAAUCAUCUAUCCCAAUUUGGUAGUGGUGCCGACUAACCUGCCUGGUGUGCUGCCUGUUUACAACUUGUGGUUCUCAGUGCCUGUGGUGGCUGUUCCAUCUGCCAUCCCAAUGGCAAGUGCUCCCCAAGCUGUACACCACCACUGUCCCACCUGCAAUUGCUUUGCAAGCCAGGUUUUGGCCUCUCCAGACCCUCCUGAGUCCAUGGGAGCCACAGGAUUCCACAACUAAACAGCUCAUUGUUUAAAAAAAAAUGAGGCAUUAAUGAAGUUGUUUCGU